UGUCUGUGGUGGGAUUUUUUCUAGUGAUUAUGGGGGCGGUUUGUGGAAUCCCCCUGGUGGUGGUUUAUUGAAACCAAACGUCACUGGUUCACGUUAUGUCGUUGAUGUAAGUGGUUAGUGGUGUGAGCCAAAAUGGCAGAAAACGCACGGGAUAUUUCCGAACAAGCUAAAGCUACAGUUGACAAGGAAGUGCGGAUAAAGAACUUGAAAGAAAAACAAAAUGAGGAAAGACAAAAGAGACUGGAAGAGAUGAAAGCACAAGCGUUUGCAGCACAACGAUUUAAAGAACAGAAAGAAUUAGAAAGAAGGAAAAGGUUGGAAGAAUUGAGAUGUAAAGAAGAUGUAAGAAGACAACAGGUUGAAGAAAGAAAAAGGGCGAUCGCACAGGCCGAUCAGGAUCGUUUAGAAUCAAUACUAAAAAGGAAUCAAGAAAGGGAAGCAAGGAUCGAAGCGAAAAAACGAAAUGAAAGAAGUAAUAUUGUUUUUGCGUUUGGAUCGUCGACGCCACGGAUGCUCGAUCCGACAGACCUUACGGCUUUUUGGGGUCCAAGAAGGGCAACUUCGAUACAAAAUAUCACAUGUGCGACAUCGACGCAGUUAACGAGGCGGCAGUCAGAAAGGGAUCUCGAUAGUGGCAGCAAAAAAAGGGCAACAUCAGCGAGUGGACUAGAGAGAUCGGGUGAAAGUACACCAUUGGUACCUGCUGGUUGUGCGAGUGGAUACGUUGGUCGUCGGCGCACUGAUUUAAUGCCAACGAUUCCUUCUAGAGAUUCACCUUUUGCUGCAUCACGCAAAUCACUUAAUCACUCACCAGGUAGGGCUUAUUCGAUGUCGCGUUUAGACCAACUAGCGAAACCACGCAAGAGGCCAGAUUUGCCAGCUGUUGUGGAAACAACAUACUCCUUUAGACCUCUAUCCUCUCCUAGACAAUCCUCAGUAACUCGUAGCAUGAGCCACCUAGCAGUAAGUAAAACAGGUCCGGCACAAAAUAGGAAACCACUCAACAAAUCAGAUAGCAGAAGUAUGCAUCAGUUGUCAAUCGAUGGACCCACAAUAGCACCGCGUACAACACGCGCUACACAAUUGAGACAACAGAAAUUACUUGCAUCCUCUAAUUGCAGCGAGGCAUCGUCAAGACCAAGUAGUUCAUUAAGCCAACAAAGCACAACCAGCGUAACUAGUUCAGUAAGUGUAAGACAUCGUCCAUCAACGGCACCAAGACGUCAAAGACCGGCCAGCAUUGCAAUAACAGGAAUCACUCAUGACGUUAUGAAAAAUACAGAUAAUAAAAAAGGGGAUACUAAACCUCCAUUACCAAAAACUAGGAAAUCUAUAAAUAAAGAUACUAAAGAUAAGCCAACUAAAAGAAAAUCAUCGCCGGUUGAUACACCAAAGAGUUUAGCAUCACCAGUAGCCGCCCCUAAUUGUAAUAUUCCUGAUAAUAAAACAAAUGAUGUAUUAAAAAUACCUCCAGAACCACCCACGCAAUCUACCGAGAUACAAGAAACGAAACAAGAAGAAACGGCCGAAAAAGUUCCAGUAGAAAAUGGCAAACCAGCCACUCCAAACGUAAAAGAAGUCGAAAACAGCGCCUUGACGACUGAAAAACCCUUGGACGUAAGCAACAGUGAUCAGAUAAAACAAAUAACAAAUGAAUUAAUAAAAUCUGAGUCGGUGGGUCACCACCCGCAACCUGAGUCCCAACCUGUCCCUGUAGUUAGCGAAACGAAGCCAUCCGAAGCCCCUGCCUUAGAAAACAAAGAAAAUGAAAUGACGACGUCGGUAACUAAAGUUCGUAUAAACACCGAAGAAGAAGCAAAGGCAGCUUUAGCAGAACGUCGACGUCUUGCUCGAGAAGAAGCCGAAAGACAAGCCGAACAAGAACGACUACGAAUUGAGAUGGAAGCGCAAGCCGAACUCGAGCGACAAAGAAGAGAAGAAGAACAAAUUCAGAGGCUAAUAGAAGCGCAACGGUUAGCCGAACAGGAAAGAUUAGAGGAAGCGAUCAGAGAGACAAAGAAGCGGGAGGAGGAAGAAAGGUUGCGGCGAGAGGAAGAGCAGCGUUCGAAAUUAUUGAAGGAAGAAGCAGAAAAGAAAGCGAGAGAGGAAGCCGAGAAGAAGUUUGCCGAACAGCAGGAGAGGUUGAAAAAUGAAGAAAAAGAGAGAGAAGCGCGUAGGAAGAGGGUCGAAGCGAUUAUGCGAAGAACCAGAGGGGUGAAUAAUGCAAACUCGCCGGGGCAGCAGAAUUCCGAAGAUAAAAAUGAGAAUAAGUCUGAAAAUAAAAUGAACGGUACUCAGCCGGUUGAACAAGAGAACGGGACGGGAACGAAAAACGGGAAAGAUGUGGAUAUAGUUGAUAAUAUUAUUCCCGAUGACACGGUCAAGAAUGCAAACACUGUGUCGAUAGAUACAAUAAAUAGUACUGAUUCAAUUAAUUCAAAUAAUACAUGGCAAACUACGCAACAGUAUGAUCCAUUGAUGUGAACAUCCGAAUUGUAGUUGCAUAUUUAUAUGUAUAGAAUUGCCCUUAUCCUAAUUUUAAAGUAAUUUAUUUUGAUAUUUUUGCGUGUUUAAGUAAAGUCUAUGCUAAAUACGUGUAUAUAUUUACUUCUGGGUGCAUGGAAAGUAUGGCAACUCUAUUCAUAAUUUGUUUAAAUAAUGUUAUCAAUUUUUUUCGACUGAGGAUGUUUCAAAUCUCGACCAAAAGCAAUUUCUACAUUGUGUGAUGUUUCAGUAUUAACUCAAUGGUUCCGUUUUGAACUUUGUAUUUGUUAAAUUGUUUCCGUUUUAACUAAUUUGACUUUGGUCGAGAUUACACAAUCUUCCAUAUUAUUAAAACUCAGUCAUUACUAGUCAUCUUGAUUGUAUAUUGAAUUGUUGUAUAAUGUUAUUUCUUAUAAUCUGUCUUUGUUGGACCCGUUGGUUUCUUUUUAUGUUUGUCCAGCAAUGUUUUAUCAGCAGUUUAUAAAAUAGUGCAUUUGAAAUUAUCACAUUAAAGUCAUGUUUUUUGUGAAAAUGUUAAUAUGGAAAAGGGUUAUUUCGUUAUUAGUGUUUAAUAAUAUAUUUUCAAAUACUACCUAUUUACAUUACCUAUCUCCUAAACUGUUAGUAUGUUAAAUAGGUUUUGUAUAGAUUAGAUUAAACAUUUUCCGUUUGACUGGAACAGUAAUUGUAACUGUAAUUUUUUUCUUAUAACUCGUAAUUAAUUUUCAUAUUUAUAUAUAAACAAAUUUCACUAUUGGAGGCAAUUAUAGGUUUAAAUAUCUGGUUCAAAGGUAACCCUCAAUAAUACUAUGUGGUUAAUACAAUUCUGUAAAACGCUUGUUGAAAAGUGCUUAAUAAAUGUAAAAUUUAUUUAUGA